ACAAGACUGACAUCUGAAUACAUGUAUCUGGCAACUGUAAUGAUGAAGGCUAUCUUGUUCUUUGCUUUGUGUAAUGUUAUCUCAGUCAGCGAUGGAUUUUUGUUUUCACGAUAUAAUACGCCAGAGUGGAACAGCCUCCGAGUGACGUGGUCCCCAUUCCCGAUCGGACCUUACGCUUUUACUUCAAUGCCAAGGACCACCUACGAUGCUUUUAAUGAAGGAUACAACAAGAUAUCAGGUUGCGAAGACAUGAACAGUUUCAAGGGGAACAGAUUUGUGAAGGGAAGAGACUAUUCAGUCGUCCUUCUGUACGGAGUCAACGGAUACAUCGCUGGGAUCCAGAUUGGCGUGCCUCAUGUCGACGGUGCUGAGUUUCCUCCUGCCAAGCAAGUCAACCAAACAUUCGUACAAGUGGGCGACAUGUAUUUCUUGACAGCCUAUUUCACCAACCCAGCAACCAUCUGUAGCAAUGGAAGGACUGCAGAAAACUUCGCAGCUAAUGGCACUGGCAACACUCUCUACAUCCAAAAUGGCACCAACCCCGUUGCCAACUCUCUGGAAAUCCCAAUGAACGAAUCGGGACUCGCUUCCACGAAGUGGACAAGGGGACAUUGUUUUUUCAGCAUGGGUGUACAUUACUGGUAUGACGUUGAAUCCGACAUGCCAUGUGACGAUUUCUUCCCAGUCUUCCUACUGUAUAAUCGUGGUAGACUGAACGCAUUUGGCUGGGCUAUCGGUAUGGACAUGACAUCGCCAAGGAUGGAACAUCCUCCACACGAUGUCAUACAGACCUUUAUGAAUCCAGUACCCCAGUGUCUGCUGAAUAUCCCGCGUCUGUCUACCAUGCACAUCUACAUGGCUAACCCGUUACUAAACUUCUGUUGAUUGAGACCUCUGUUGACGUACAUCAGACAGAAUCAUACCACAUAUUAAUGUAUAAACAGUGUGUAGUGAACGAGGCAUCCAGUUUCACGUUAUACAUACAUUUAGGUACCUUUCUCUCAUUCUAGUCACUGUUAUCACGACCGAAAGAUGUAUGUUUUGAUUUCAACGUGAUUACUCUUUCAUUGUCAUGUGUGCUUUAUUAAAAGUUCCAAAAUAUU